CUUUCACUUUUAUUUCCCAACAUGGCGACAAGCUGCUGGCGGCUUUCACUCGUUUUCCUCCUAAUUGAAACUUUAUUAGGUUUGCCAGUCGAUCGCCACGAAAAACAAGAAGAAAAGUGCGGCUAUCAGUCAUGUCACGCUACCAAGGCCGCCAUGCUGAACGUCCACCUGGUCCCACACACGCACGACGACGUGGGCUGGCUCAAGACCGUGGACCAGUACUUCUACGGAGACCGUAACGGCAUCCAGCACGCCGGCGUGCAGUACAUCCUGGACUCUGUGGUGGACCAGCUCCUGAAGAACCCCGAGCGCAGGUUCAUCUAUGUAGAGACAGCCUUCUUUUACCGAUGGUGGAGCCGCCAGAGCGCCGACACGCAGCGGACGGUCAAGCAGCUGGUCAACCAAGGUCGGCUAGAGUUCGUCAACGGCGGUUGGUGCAUGAGCGACGAGGCCACCACCCACUACAGCGCCGUUAUAGAUCAAAUGACCCUGGGCCUCAGGUUCCUCAACCAGACGUUCGGGUCUUGCGGUCGGCCCCGUGUGGCCUGGCACAUUGACCCGUUUGGACACGCCCGCGAACACGCUUCUAUGUUUGCGCAGAUGGGAUACGACGGCUUUUUCUUCGGGCGAGUGGACUACCAGGACCGGAACCGGCGGAUGUUGGCCAAGGAGCAGGAGCUGCUAUGGAGGGCGUCUGACAGCCUCAGCCCCCCGAUGGCCGACCUUUUCACAGGGAUCCUUCCCAAUGGGUACAACCCCCCUGAGGGCUUCUGCUGGGACCAGUCCUGUGAUGACCCACCCAUCAAGGACGAUCCCGACCUGGAGGACUACAACGUGGAUGACGUAGUGGAACGAUUCCUCAACAUUGCAAAUAGUCAGUCUCUAGUGUACAAGUCCAAUCACAUCAUCAUGACCAUGGGAUCAGACUUCCAGUACGAGAAUGCCAACCUGUGGUACAAGAACCUGGACAAGCUGAUCCAUUACGUCAACGCUCGGCAGUCCAAUGGAAGCAGAGUCAAUGUCCUCUACUCCACGCCCUCUUGUUACCUCCAAGAACUGCACCGGGCCAACCUCUCCUGGGUCCUGAAGACUGAUGACUUCUUCCCAUAUGCGGACGAUGCCCACGACUUCUGGACGGGCUACUUCAGCAGCAGACCGGCGCUAAAACGUUACGAGAGGCUCAGCAACAGCAACCUGCAGACGUGUAAGCAGCUGGAGGUUCUCGGCGGCCGGACUUCUACGAGGGGACUCUUCGGCGAGGGCAACAGUCUCACCUUGAAGAGAGCAAUGGCGGUAGCUCAGCACCACGAUGCCGUGUCAGGCACCGAGAAGCAGCAUGUCGCCAACGACUACGCCAGGAGACUUGCCAAAGGCUGGCAGCAUUGCCAGGUUGUGGUUAGCAACAGUCUUGCGGCUCUGAGCGGCUCAACUGCCAAGCGAGUGUACUGCGACAGCCUCAAUGUCAGCGUGUGUCCUGUAACCGAGUCCAACAAGUUCUCCAUCAACAUCUUCAACCCUCUCGCUCGGCCCGUCUCAUGGCCCAUCAGGCUUCCGGUCAACGGUACAGCGUAUACGGUGUCUGACGCUGAGGGCAAGUCUGUGGACUGCGAGGUGGUUCCAGUUUCCCAGAGCACACGUGACAUGAGGAGGAACCGUGGCUUCGCUGUCAACGAGCUCCUCUUCCAGGCCUGGGCCCCGCCACUGGGCUUCAGGACCUACUCAGUGUCCCUGCUCCAGGAUGGGCCUCCACCGGCCUCCACACACUACCGCACUCCCAAAUCCAUCUGGAACAAGUACCUACGAGUGACCUUUGACCCAGAGACGGGGCUUCUGAGCAGCCUGGAAAACUUGGAGACCAAGCAGAGCAUCAGCCUGACACAGAACUUCUACUGGUACAACGCUAGCGAUGGCAACAACUCAAAGAGCAACCAGCCCUCAGGGGCGUACAUUUUCAGACCUAACUCCUCCACGCCAUUUGUCAUCAGCAAGACGGCCAAGACGGAGAGUAUACGAACGUCGGUGAUGCAGGAGGUGAGGCAGUGGUUCGCACCAUGGGUGUCUCAGGUGGUUCGUCUCCACGCCGACAGUCAGGUUCUGGAGCUGGAGUGGACCGUGGGCCCGAUUCCCAUCGACGACGACCUAGGCAAAGAGGUGAUCACUCGAUUGGACACGGACAUCAAGUCCUCAGGAAUAUUCUACACCGACUCCAAUGGGAGAGAAGUUUUACAGAGGAAGAAAGACUUCCGACCCACUUGGCACCUGAAGCAGUCAGAGCCCAUUGCUGGGAAUUACUACCCCAUCAACUCCCGAGCCUUCAUCAAGGAUGACGAAGACCAACUCACGGUGGUGACAGAUCGCUCUCAGGGCGGAGGCAGCAUCAAUAAUGGCUCUCUGGAGAUUAUGCUCCAUCGCCGGCUGCUGUACGACGACGUCCGCGGUGUGGCCGAGCCCCUCAACGAGACCUCCGACGUCUUCCCGGAUGGUCUGGUGGUCCGUGGCCGGCUGCUUCUGUCCCUGGACCGCCCAGCCAGUGCCGCUGACGCGCACCGUCCCCUGGCAGAGGAGAUGGUUCUGCAGCCCCUGCUGACCUUCACCGAGGGUGACCUGCACCCCAAUACUAGACUGGAGUUCUCAGGACUACAGACUGCGCUGCCCCCUGCUGUCCACCUCCUGACACUGAGCCAGUGGCACGACGAGGUGGUCCUGCUCAGGCUAGAGCAUCAGUUCCAGAGCUCGGAGAGCAAAACCAACUCUGAGCUGGUCACAAUCAACCUCCAGAAGCUGUUUUCCACCCUGGAGGUUGUGGGCGUGUCCGAACUCAACCUGUCAGCCAAUCAGUGGAAAGAAGAGAUGGAGCGUUUCCAUUGGACACCGCAGACUGGCGAAAAGCCACCAAAGAAAACAUCUAAAGACCCCUCCACAUGGGAGGUCACCUUGCAGCCGAUGGAAAUCCGAACGUUCCUGCUCAGAACAAACCUCAGAUAACCAAUCACACGCUCCGGAAAAGUCGCCUCCAUUUUGCCUUUGAUCAAUGUUGAGGAUGAAGAGGUGGCAGCCAUUCUCUAGCGACUCCUGAGCCUUGAAACUGGGAAAAACUCCACCACCACAAAACCUCCUGAGACAUUGGAAGAAAAGUGGGAUGAGCUACCUUUUUUUUAAUCUGAUGUGAUAAUUUUUUUUUAUAUUAAUUUUAUAGUGAUACAAAAAUGCAGUGGAGAAUAAAAGUCAAUCACUUACUUGUCCAACAUAUUCAACUUAAGCCUACAUGUCAGUGUUGAAAGCAAUGGGUUAGUUGCCGGCUAUACAGUAAACUCACUAGACACCAUUAGGAACACCUGCACAAUCAAAUGAGAACCAAACAUGCAACCUUUAUUCUUCCAAUGAAAUUAUAAUCAAACAAGGUUUAAAAAAAUAAUAAUAAUAACCACCAUUGUUAAAUCAAUACCUCUGUACGUGAAUGCAAACUGAGCAUUAUUUUAGUAAAGGCAGAAUCUUUCCAUUUUAUUGCAGAAUGGUACCUAAUGAAGUGUCCCAUGAGUGUACUGCAUUUCCAAAAAAUUACCACGAUAUGAAAUAAUUUCAAAUUAUAAAUCAGGCUUUAUUGGGCCAUUAAAAUAGCCCCCCCCCCGCCAAAAAAUAGCUUUAAAAAAAAAAUGCUUGUCUGAUUUUGAAACUCAGCUGACUUUCCCGCUCCUUUACAAUAACUUAACAAAAAACAAAAAAAAAGUCCAAGUCAUUCCAUUUUCUCCUCAGUGGUGUACUCGGGUUCGUGCGAGUACGAGCAUUUGUCGCCAUGUGUGCAAGUGCCCUGGAACAAAAGAGAAAUGUUCAAUAGCAACCUUGCUAAAAUUGGGUGUCAACCAAUAGAAUUAAAGGCUUAAAAGGGUCUGUUUAAAGGCACUAAACGUAGCCAUUAAAGCUAAAAGUCUUUGAUUGAGUGCCAAUAUUGAAGUAGACGCAGCAGUUAUUCACCUGUGCCUUUCACACAGAACUUCGUAAUAUGACCGCAACUGUGUGAAAGCCUUUUCACAAUGGCUGCAGCUAUCGAACAUUUUUAGAAUAGUGUAUUUGACCAAUUACCUGAGCGACUAAUCCAGUAACCAGAUGAAAAUUGAUUUUGCAUUAUUUAAAAACAUGCAUGUGAGGUGCAGCUAUUAAUUUUUUCCACUUCUACAUUGUAGUAUCUGUGACUUUGAAAUUGGUAGUAUCAUGUGGCUUUAAAAGGCGUUGCCUGGCCUGGUGAGUGACGUGUGCGUCAGCCCUCGUUGGCCCAGGUUAGCGGCGAGCUGCUAAAUGGCUAAACAAUACCCAGUCUCUGUUGACUGCCUAUGUGGAAGUUGUGGCCGAGCAGCUAGUAUAUGAAUGUACUGUAAUGUGCGUUUCAUUUGAUAAAUUAAAAGUGGCUGAGGCUAUAUUUAUUCAUACAAUACGUUCUAACUAGCGGUGGUAGGCUCCAUUAAAUUAGCUAACUAUGUUUACCUUGUGUCAGCAAUCGUAGCCAUGCUGUUGUGUGAGCCAGUUUUGCUUGGCAGUAGACACUUUAUUUUUUUGGUGUUAAAUAAUCCCAAACUUUCUCAAUUCUGUCUUUUACAUACUCUUUACUCUCGCCAAUUUAUUUCUACACAGAGUGGUGCUUGCGUUCGCAGUAACAUUAAUCCAUGUCGAAAAAUUAUCACUGCGAAGAUUUGAGGCAGAGCUUUUGCAUCAACCUUUUUUGUAUUCAAAUUAUUUGAUUAAUUUAUUCAGCCCUACUCUUCAUACAUCUAACAUGGAAUUCCGCAAACACAUUUCUGAUGCCAAGAAAAUGCUGUGUCAGAGGGGCCUUCAUAAAAGCACAAGGGUGUCAAACUCAUUGUAGCUGAGGGGCCACAUACUGCUUAAUUUGAUGUCAAGCACGUCGGAUUACAGCAUAUGAUGUAUCAUAGGAAUAAGGUUUUUCCCUUUGUAUUAAUGCAAAGCUACAAAAGUGCAUUGGGAAAAUAUUUGUCUCUUUUUUUGGGAUGAUUUAACAAAACAACCUCAGAUUUACUAAAACAAUUUUGCUUCAGUAUAACAUCUACAUGUGUACAUAACUGAUCACGGUGAUUGAAUUUAAAGGCACAAAACUACACAUAUAUGGAACUGGAAAAUAUAGUAUUGCACUUAAAAUUAAAUCAACUUACGAAGAUCUAGGAAUUACUGUCACUCCAUUUCCUACAUGGGCAUGUCAUGUCAAGUCAUUGUGUAAACAUCCCUCUUGUCUGGGUUCUCUUUGAAAGGCAAUCAAUUUUGUACACAGGAGAACCGACCUGUUUGAACUUUUUGCAGGGGAAGCUCUUGAGCUGAGUCGAGUCUGUGAUCUGGUUCUUGCGCUUGUUCUGGUUCUUCAUGCGUCUCUGCUGAAGGUUGUCGGCGAUACCGCCACUGAGGGGCGCAAAGAUGAAGAGGCAGAGGAUGAGGAAACGUAUUUCAAGGAUGAAGAACAAGUCUUAGACUGUGUCGGCAUUCAUUCAUUAACUCCCUAUUCGCUUAUUUUUUGGUGGGGAACCUAUCCUUCGUUAUUCGAUAAAAAAAUAAUCUAUUUCCUGUACUUGUGCUCAGGCUAAAACAAUAAAAGUAUGGCUUUGGUGCCAUCUUGUUGCCAAGCAACUAUAGUGGCGCCAUGACCUAAAAGUAUAAUUUGUUCCGUGACCAUGCUUGUAACUCUCAAAACUCUUGUAUCUCAAAGCCUCUUUUCAAAUUGAAAUGAAUGGAAAUGCCAAUGAUCUGCUCCAGUCCCGUUCCCUUAUGCUCCUUCAGUCAAACAGACACAAACGAAGCAGAGUUUCACAACUGAGUGACAAGUUAUUUUGUGUUGAAAUGAGUUGAGGAGCUUAAUUUAGAAAGUAAUGCUUUGUGCAAUCUUGUGGCAAUUACUUGCAGAUUUUUGCUAUUCACGGAAGGGUUCAGUCCUGACUGUAUAGGUAUAAAGCUCACUCAUCAGUGAUAUUAAAUUUUUUUUAUUAGAACACCACUGAAGUAUCAAUCACGCCAGUGCUGUCGUAUAAUUAGAGUACUGGAUCAAUGUUAGCUGGUGGACCUGCUGUAAUGUCAAACAAAAAAAUAAAUUACAAUAACCAGUGGUGGUUCUAGAACAGGUACAGUGUUACAGGGGCACUGCCCCCACUAAUGCCCACCCCUAAAACCACCACUGGCAAUAACAUUGUUUUGAGCUGAGUGUAUUUUACAAAAUUCAUACAAACGAAGCACUUUGUCUAUCCCUGUUGUGAUGUGUUCCUCUAUUUACAGUAUAAUUAAAGGCAUUUUUACGUCUCAA